AUGAUUCAAAACAGAUUUCAUCAUGGACAUUUCAAUCCUGAAAUCUACUAUCAACUAAAUAUAUCUGCAGAUCAUUUUAUUGAAUUAAGCCAGAGAGAUGCAGAGAAAUGCAUUGAAAGUGAAAUGAGUCGAAUGAGAGUAACUGUUAAUGGAAAGGAUGAAAGUGUUAAUUGGACAAUAGUAGUCAAUGAACUGCCUACAGAUAUUAAACCAGUUUUAAAGUUUUUUAAAUCAAAUAUACAAAAAGAGCAAUGCAUUAAUUUCAAGCUCAUCACUGAGGAAAUAGCAAGACUUACACAAUCAAUCAACACAAAUCUUUCAAACGGAUCGGGAUUCGAUUUAUGCCGUCGAGGUGCACUAUACAGAAAGAUUGGUAGACUACAAGAAGCAAAACUUGAUCUUGUUAAAUCGAUUGAAUAUGAACCGAACUUAUCAUCUACUCAUUGGCAUAUUCACUUUAUACACUUACUUGAAGGUAAAUUAGAAGAAGCACUGAACGAUUUGGAUCAAUGCAUGAAAUGCUUACAUAUUGUGGAAUUAACAAAAAAUAUUUUUAAUUUAAAUAACGAUACUACUAUUACAGGUGGUUUUAGUAGCAAGAGAAAAUAUUCAAAAAACGUUCAGCAAUUCUAUGAAAAUAUUCUUCAUUCAAAAGCUUUUAUCUAUUCUCUCAUGAACAAUUGGAAACUGGAAGCUGAGGUAUGGACAAAUUUAAUACAACUGAAUCCUACAUAUGAGUUGGCUUAUCUUAAAAGAGCUCAUACUUAUCUUAAGUUGAAAAUGUUUCAACAUUCAAAUACUGAUUUUAUAAAAGUACUUUGUUUAAAUCCGAAAUCAGUUGAAGCUCAAUUUCAGUGCGGUUUAUAUAAAUAUUAUAACAGUAGUGAAGGAAUAAGUUCUCAGAUUGAAUUCUUUUUUUUUCUUAAAUAUUACUUAUAUGUACGCGUUAAAUGA